ACCAGAGCUACGAGAACUCCGAUCGCCACUCUCCCAGAGCAACCCCCCUUCCCCACCCUUGAGCGUUCGAGGAAGCAGACACAAGGCCGGCCAAGAUGUCGUGGCAGACUUACGUCGACGAGCACCUGAUGUGCGACAUCGAGGGCCACCACCUCGCCUCCGCGGCCAUCCUCGGCCACGACGGCACCGUCUGGGCGCAGAGCGCCGACUUCCCCCAGUUCGGGCCCAACGAGAUCACUGGCAUCAUGAAGGACUUCGACGAGCCCGGGUACCUCGCCCCGACUGGCAUGUUCAUUGCAACCGCCAAGUACAUGGUCAUCCAGGGUGAACCUGGCGCCGUCAUCCGUGGCAAGAAGGGAGCAGGAGGCAUCACCAUCAAGAAGACCGGGCAGGCGCUGGUGGUUGGCAUCUACGAUGAGCCCAUGACCCCCGGGCAGUGCAACAUGGUGGUGGAGAGGCUCGGCGACUACCUCGUUGAACAAGGCAUGUAGGCCAGCCGUCCAAUGGCGCACGACGAUGAUCACACAAUUUUUCAAGUUUUUCUAAACAUCCACGGAAAUAUACGUGGGGCUUUUUUCCUCUUCAAGCGGCUCUCGACAUCGGUCACUCAUGACCAGCUGCUCUAAAAAGUUUCAUUUGUAAUGCCUUUUCGGCUUUCCUUCUUCUUCAGCGGGUUCAUUAUUUUGGUUGUCCUAUGAAUUAUGUGUGGACAACAUUUUUGCGGUACAUUUCAUUGGAUUGUGAUGUUAUAUUUCAAUUUUGAAAGGCUUCUUCA